AUGUCUGACUCAACAUCAAAUUUGGAUUACCGAGCACUCGUGAUUGGCGCUGCGGUUGGAGCAGGAGUUGCUGUGUGGGCCUCCAGCGACUUUAUACCCGCUAUCCGUGAUCGAUACGAUCUCUAUCGCAUACGUUGCCGCCAGCAAAAAGCUGCGGAGAGCGCUGGUCAGUCGUCAUCAAGUGAAGUCCCUGAGAACGCCCCGGAAAGUUGUCCUGGUGUUGGCAGUGACGAUGCUGGCAAGGCUGAUGGAUGUGCGGGGUGUCCGAAUCAGAAGGCAUGCGCUAGCGGGGCCGGCAAGGAGGAGGAUCCUAUGGUUGACGAAGUGGCUUUCAAGCUGAGGAAUGUUAAGAGGAAAAUACUAGUGCUUUCUGGGAAGGGCGGUGUGGGGAAGUCCACCGUAUCGUCUCAACUUGCAUUUACUCUGGCUAACUCUAACAGGGAUGUUGGCUUAUUGGAUGUUGAUAUCUGCGGCCCUAGCAUCCCUCGUAUGUUGGGUAUCAGUGGUGGUGAAGUACACCAAUCGGCAGAGGGGUGGCAACCUGUGUAUGUUGAUGACAGAUUGGCUGUGAUGAGCAUUGGCUUCAUGCUUACUAAUAAGGACGAUGCUAUCGUAUGGCGUGGGCCUCGCAAGCAUGGGCUUAUACGUCAGUUCCUCACUGAUGUUACUUGGGGUAACUUGGACGUUUUAUUAGUGGACACUCCUCCAGGCACUUCUGAUGAGCAUCUGUCGAUGGUAAACUACUUGAAGGAUUGUCAGCCCGAUGGAGCUGUUCUGGUCACUACACCGCAGGAAGUCGCUUUACAGGAUGUCCGCAAGGAGAUCAACUUCUGUCGAGGAGUCGGCCUUCCCAUUAUCGGUGUUAUUGAAAAUAUGAGCGGCUUUGAGUGUCCCUGCUGCGGAAAGGUCAGCGAAGUUUUCAUGCCGAAUACGGGCGGAGCGAAGCAAAUGUGCAAAGACAUGGACGUCCCCUUCCUUGGCUCAAUACCCCUGAAUAACGACCUCCAGGCAGCUUGUGAGAAGGGCUUGCCGAUCAUCGGACUUGGGCCUAACUCUAAGCCUGCUAAAGCUGUCAAGGAGAUCUCUGAGAAAAUCAUGCAAAAGGUGGAGGAACGUCCGAUCCAAAAGGGAGCUUAUGGUUCUGACUUUUAA